AUGCCCGGUUUGACUUUGCAGAGCGACAUGGGAGACCCCAUCAAGGAGUCCGUGGUCCAUUACCUGGGGGUCGAUGAAACAAUCCACCGGAAUAUCUCGACGGCUUCUGACGUCACUCAGGACGAGCGAGGACUGAGAAAUUUAAUUCAGUCUGAAUGUUACCGUGCUGCUGUCAAUUUAACUGGCCGAUUGCUCGCGAUCUACGGGCAAGGUUGGCUUUGCUUGCUAAGCUACGGCAAGUUGAAGUUCUCAAGGCGGAGUCUCAGCCAUUUGGGAAUUUAG